AUAAAAAAUCUAAAGAUAUUAUUAGAGAUAUGGUUAGGUGUAACUUAUUCAUGAGGAUAACUACAAAUACAGAUUUAAAAGUGGAAAAAGUCAAAACAAUACGACCCAACUGAAAAAUCAAAACAGAACAAGUCGAUGUCGUGUGAGAAUAAUGGGGACGAUAUGUGACAUGGCGAGGUUCCAUAGGUUUUAAAAAACGACCAAGCCGCGGUAUAACAGAUCCAGUUGACGAUAAUGAACCAAGACGAGUUCCCGUCUCUGUUCCUUCUUCUUCUUACACAAUAUAAUCAUUUCCUCGCCCAAAGAACGUGUUACCGCUUUUAGAAGAGAGAGAGACAGAAGAUAACGUUUGUUUCUUCAUUUAGAAUCUUGAAAAGAGAGUAAGAGUGUUUUGUGAUGAUGAGUCUGAGAAGACAAGACUACAACGUUGUUCAUAAGCUGCCUCAUGGUGACAGUCCUUACGUCCGAGCCAAGCAUGUUCAGCUUGUGGAGAAGGAUGCGGAAGCAGCUAUUGAGCUGUUCUUGAAAGCGAUCAAAGCGAGAGACAGAGUGGACAGUGCUCUUAAAGACAUGGCCUUGCUUAUGAAACAACAGAACAGAGCUGAUGAAGCCAUUGAUGCUAUUCAUUCCUUUAGAUAUCUUUGUUCGAGGCAAGCUCAAGAAUCACUCGACAAUGUCCUCAUCGAUCUGUACAAGAAGUGUGGGAGGAUAGAAGAGCAAGUUGAGCUACUGAAGCAAAAGCUUUGGAUGAUAUAUCAAGGAGAAGCGUUUAACGGCAAGCCUACAAAGACAGCUAGAUCUCAUGGGAAGAAGUUUCAGGUCACGGUCCAGAAGGAAACCUCUAGGAUCUUGGGAAACUUGGGAUGGGCUUAUAUGCAGCUAAGGGACUAUACAUCGGCAGAAACCGUGUACCGUAAGGCUCAAGUGAUUGAGCCUGAUGCAAACAAGGCUUGUAACCUAUGCUCAUGUCUCAUCAAGCAAGGGAAGCUUGGUGAGGCGAAAUCGAUCCUCUUUCGUGAUGUAUUAGAGAAGAAGGAAGGGUUUGAUGAUGAUUUGAGGUUGAAGGUUAGAGUUCAAGAGCUGUUGAGUGAGCUAGAGAGACGGGAAGAAGAAGAAACAGCUGUUUUAGCAUCUGUGGAAUGUGAAGUUGGUAUGGAUGAGAUUGUUGUUGUGGAAGGGUUUGAUGAGUUUGUGAAGGAAUGGAGGAGGCCUUAUCGGACAAGAAGAAGACUUCCAAUUUUUGAAGAGAUCUUACCACUGAGAGAUCAACUAGCUUGUUGAUGCAUAUGAUUCUCUGUGCUUUUGGAUACUGAAUAGGAACUUUUGUUUGUUUGUUUUUUUUGUGUAGAAGAAUGUAGUGAAUAUAGUUUACUUCUUGUAAACUGUUGUGGUGUCCUUCACUUGUUAUCACUGUGUGAUGUCAAGUUACAUACUCCAAAUAGAAACAUUAUUACUUAAGACUGAGAAGAAUGGUAUAGUAGUACCAUUCAUUAGUAUAGUUUGUGUAUCUCUAGGCUAUCUAUACUUAGUUAAGGAGAUACUCAGUUUUGAGAUAUUUGAUU